AUGACGUCUCCGGAGCAGCGUAUGGACAAUUUACGACAGAGUCUUUGCCGCGUGAUUCUAGAGCAGCUCGCGGAAAUCCUGCGGGAUUAUUCGUCCAGGAACCUAGCAAACCCGGUGCUUCGAUUUGAAGCUCUCAUCCAUGACGGCGAGCAGGGGAUGCAGUGGCAAACCCCUGCUCUCCCAUGA